CUAGAAAUCUCCACACGUGACGGCGGCACGGCGCUAUAUGAAGAGGGAAAAGGCAGCAAGCAUCAGGACCAGUCAGUCACCGCUCAACCUCAGCAGCGCGUAAAAGUCGCACACUCGCUCACCGGCUCUCCUUUUCCGCUUUAAGGAAAGCAACACAUGUGAGUUUGUUUCUACUGCGCUACAGGACGCGGACAGAACAAAGCUUGAGUGAGGAAACGCAGGUAAACGGAAUCUAAGCUUUUACAGAUAGGAGCAGAGGAACCCACACCCCCACCACUCCGCGCGUCCCCACGACCACCUUUUUUCUCCUCCUCGGACCUCCGUUCUCUCCUGGAGACACAAGUUUCCCACACAAAGAGGGAUGCUGCAUGUUCCCGAAACGUACUUGCACUCAGAGGGAACCUAAAAGUUGACCGGAGCGGAAUAACACUUCAUCUGAUGCAAGCGCACCAAAACGGGCACUUUUAGUAACAGGAGGGUCAGCGCAAUUCAUAAAAUGAUCCCAAUCGGCGACGUGAUACCAUGUCGCAUCUCGUCUGAUGUUUGACACGUCUGAGGAUCGGCUAAAGAAACUGGAGGUGGACAUAACAAAGUCAGAGAAUUCAACCCGAGCCCUGCUGGCACAUUUUUACUGGAGUCCGAACAACUGAUCGCCGUCCAGAUGCAGUUUCGACUCUUCUCAUUUGCCCUGAUCGUAUUGAACUGUAUGGAGUACAGCAACUGUCAGGCGCCGUCGCACCGCUGGAGGAGAAACAAAAGAGCUAGCUAUGCAGCAUACCCCAUCUGUAAAGGCUGCUCGGUGUGCUCCAGGGACAACGGCUGUGUAAACUGCCAGCCCAAACUCUUCCUGUUUUUGCGGAGGGAGAGGAUGAGGCAAUACGGGGAGUGUCUUCAUGACUGUCCAGCCGGAUACUACGGCAUGCGCAGCCCUGAACUCAACAUGUGCUCCAGGUGCAGGAUAGAGAACUGUGAGUCCUGCUUCAGCAAAGACUUCUGCACCAAGUGUAAGUCAGGUUUUUACCUACACAAAGGGCGCUGCUAUGAUAAGUGCCCAGAGGGCUUUGCCCCGCUGGAGGACACCAUGGAGUGUGGAGAGGGCUGUGAGGUGGGCCAGUGGAGUGAAUGGGGAGCCUGCACCAGGAGAAACAAAACCUGUGGCUAUAAGUGGGGUCUGGAGACCCGGACACGGCACAUUGUAAAGAAACCACCCAAGGACACAAUACCCUGUCCCACCAUCGCUGAGUCCAGGAUGUGCAAAAUGGCCAUGAGGCACUGCAGGAGAGGUGGCUCAGGGAAGCCCCGAUCCAAAGAACCAAAGAAGAAGAACAAGCAGAGGCUGCGGUUUCGGGCCCAGAACCAGCACAGCGACCACUUGGCCUCUGCACGCACCAGCCAGUGAGGACUGAAACUACGGACUUCCCAUUGAACAAAGAACCAACGCAAAGCUGCUAGCCGCUGCUGCACCCACAUUCUGACCGACGACUAUCACGAACCCCGCCACCUCCCCACCUGCCUCCCAGCCCACCCCCACCUCCCCGCUGCCCAACAGGACACAGCCAUUACAAGUCUGUCACUACAAAAAUAUAUGUCUAACAUACGAUAUCAGUAUCAACACACUAAACACAUGCUUCAUGCCCCUGCCUCUUGCUGCUUCUCCCCCCUGCUCCAGUGACCAGCCAGGUGACUCUGUUUUCUCAGCCCCACCCCUCGCCUUGCCUUGGCUUGUGGACCUUUACAGUUGACAUUACUGAACUCAUUUCCCGCCAUUAACAAUGUCAUUAACCAUGCAGGGUGAUGGAAGACGGAGGGGCAACCAGAGACUGUGGAGGCGGAUAGGAGAGGUGAUGAGGGAGUUGGCAAGCUUAACUGCCCCACAGAAGUGGGGGGUGGGGUGGGGUGGCAGGGUGAAACCUAUGAGGAUGAAAAAAAAGAUGGAGGAUUAAGAGACAAAAGAGAUUCGGCUAAAGCAGUUGAUGCUUAUGGACAAGAAAAUGGCAUCUUGAACUGAAAGAGACUGUUUUUUUGUUCCUAUAUUUAUGUCAAAACUACCCUCACCUUCCCCACGGAUACGUGUUCCCAUGUGUGGCCUUUAUGUUAUGUACAUUUUUGAGAGUAAUAUUAAUGAAAUUACCGUGCAUAGUUGCAAAGUAUUUUAUUCUCAGCACAAACUGUUUACGUUCAGACCGCUUUAUGCUCUAACUGUAUAGUGUGGAUAAAAAAAGAAGAAAUUUAGUUGUUUGACUAGCAUGGCAACAGGCUCAUGUGUACAUAGUUUAUCUAAUUAUGAAAGCUUAUUACUGUAUUUUCAGUAUUGACUCGUUCACCGUUCUAAAUGUUUUAGAGAUAAAAAGGUUGUAAUACCAAGCUACAGAUUAAAAUAAUUAAAAACAAAUAAUAAACAUAGCCGCCACAUAGCUAUUUCAUUUAUAUGGUAUAUAUUUGAUUUAUUUAUUAAUUCUAUUUUGUACUUUUUUUGUUCAGUGCGAUUUUUUGCCUCAUACUGUUACUCUUAUAUGCUGAAAUAUUCUUUGAGUUCCUUAUAACAGUGUAUAUCUUUAACAAGUGGAAAAGGUUUUUGUCUGUUGUCACGCAGUGUUGUAUUACAUUCAUUUGACCUCAUCUACUGAUUUCAAUGUUUUAAAGAAGAAGAAAAAAAGAUACAUCAAACUUUGCUUUGACAUAUUCUAGGUUUAAUAAUUAGGAUCAAGCAAAUGUAUGGUCAUAGGACUGCAUAUGUGUACAUUGUGUUUUAUUAAAAUACAUUUCAUGUGACUGUA